CUUCCUUGCUCUCAGGCAGGCCUGACCUGGUGUGUCCCUGGCUCCUCACUUCUGCCUGCCAGUGUAUGUGUAAGAUGAACGGGUGGGUAGAUGGACUCGUGAAAGUAGGAGAGAAAGAUGAUGAGGAAGGGAGAAGGGAAGAAAGAGAGAGGAAAGGGACACGGGUAUGCAGAUGAAGAGGCCCUUGGCAGUGCCGAUAAACAGGGGUGUGGGUGUUGUAUAAGAUUUCUAGACUCAUUUGGCAGCUGGACACGGCAUGGCUCACUAGAUGGACACAGGCAUCCAACAAGAGAAGGCGGCUCCCAGGGCCACCACGCUAGGGUUUGCCCCGAGACAGGGUGACAGCAAGCCAGACCUGUAGGGGCACCUCCUGGGCGGCAGGUAGGUGGGGCUAGCUGAGUCUCACACUCCCUGGGGAAUUGUCUGAGUGCUCUCAAGAUACAGGACUCUGCACAGCUGCUGAGUAUCUGGCCCCAAGGGGAAGGGGUGCUGCCCAGCAGAGUGAGAACCCAGGAAGAGAAGCGGUUGGAAUGUAAACUGAGCCAGCCACUCCAGACCCUCCAGCAUCCAGCCAGGACUACAGAAUGGGGACAAGACAGUGGGCCUUUGGGGGUUUUGUUCUUGGUUUUGAGUCUGGGUCUCACUAUGUACAGCCAGCCAGACCUCUAACUCCAAACCCUACAGCCUCAGCCCUGUGGGUCACCAGCUCAGCUUUUCUCUGCCUGUUCUACGAAGCUUGUGGAUGAGGCCAGGCGGGUGAUGGCACAUGCCUUAAAUCCUAGCACUUAGGAGGCAGAGGUGAGUCCAAGUCCAGCCUGGUCUACAAAGUUCUAGGACAGCCAAGGCUACACAAAGAAACCCUGUCUCAAAAACAAAAGACAAAGAACAACAAAACAAAGCUCGAGGAUGGACCCCUUCCCUUGUGAUCCUUCAGGGAUGUGGUGGGGGUUGUGGUCUUCCCUGAAGGAGUGGGUAGACACACAGCUUCUGCAUCCAGCUUUAGCCAACCCGCAGACUCGCCCACCUAGGUGGACCAGAAGCCCUGGGUCACGGGAGCUCCCUGCGGUCAGACAGGCUAGAGGUGCAGAUGAGGCAAUCCAAAGCCAAGCCAGGGCGAGAUCCCAGGCUGAUCCACAGCCUUUCUUGGAUUCAGCUCCGGCCCCCAUCCCUAUGGUGACAUUUGACACCCUCAAUAUGAGAGCUUGAUUGAGAGAUAUUCAGGGGCAGGGAGACAGCAGCUGGGGCUCUGUGUGGAUUCCUGGAGCCUUGGGCUCACUCUUGACUAGUCUGUGACCUCCCCUGCACCCUCCGCUCCUCUGAUCCGGAGAGUAAAGCACUGUAGGUCUUUAGCAGAUUUUCGAAGGAAAUGAAUAUGACCAGAGAGCUUGGAAGUGGAGGAAGAAACAGCUUCUAAAUUCCCCAAAGGAAUUCAGCGUCUGGCAGGGGCCCACACAGCUCACCCAGGACUUGGCCAACAGUGUGUCCCUUCUCUGGGAUGUACGCUAGUUUCUGCCACAGCACCCUUGGGAGGUGUGCAUAGAAAAACCAAAACACUUUCAGAACUCCCCCGGCCAACUGGGUGCCUUCGGCUUACACCCUCUAUGUAAAUGCCCACUGUUUGCACCUAAAACUCAGGAGCAAAACAACCACCUCGGGAGCCUCAGUCAUGGCAAGCAGUGUUAUGUUAAACACGGGCAUUCACGUGGUCCUCCAGGAGCCAUUCUAGCAGCAGGGAAAACAUUUGCCACGCCGGGCUCCCCGGGGGGCAGUCUGCACAAACGGAAGGCUACCUGUGGCCAUCCCAAUUUAGCCUCCGCAGCUAGGAGUCCAAAACCCUCACAGCGGAGAACUGCUGCUGAUCCCGGGGGCUGGGAGCUUGAGCUGGGCCAGAGGUGGAGGGAGGAGUGCCCAGGAGAGUGAUGACAUCACCGGCCAGCCCUUGAAAGAUGAGCUGCUCCCCGUGCCACUCCAGCUCAGCUCCUCAGGAGACUGGGGAGGACUGUUGGGGACCGCUCGACAGGCAGUCGCUGGACCUGGACCGAGGGACUCACUUAGAACGCAGACACGGCUUGCUUCAGAAAAGGAAGAGCCUCAGCCCUCUCUGUCCUGAGACCAAAUGCACUCUUCUUGGAAGCUACCCAUGCUCCUAACUGUGCAUGAAGACCCCAUGCCCACCACAGCCUCUUUUGGCAUGGAAAUGUUCAACCUCACCACACACGUCCUGGGGUCUGCUCUUAACAGGACCCUUUCAGAGGAUAACAACUGCCCAGACACCGAGUGGUGGAGCUGGCUCAAUGCCAUCCAGGCUCCCUUCCUCUGGGUCCUCUUCCUGCUGGCUGCACUGGAGAACAUCUUUGUCCUCAGUGUGUUCUGCCUACAUAAGAACAGCUGCACCGUGGCAGAGAUCUACCUUGGCAAUCUGGCCGCUGCGGACCUCAUCCUGGCCUGCGGACUGCCCUUCUGGGCCAUCACCAUCGCCAAUAACUUCGACUGGCUGUUUGGAGAGGUGCUGUGCCGUGUGGUGAACACCAUGAUCUACAUGAACCUCUAUAGCAGCAUCUGCUUCCUGAUGCUUGUGAGUAUCGACCGCUACCUGGCACUGGUGAAGACCAUGUCCAUGGGCCGGAUGCGCGGUGUGCGCUGGGCCAAAAUCUACAGCCUGGUGAUCUGGGGCUGUACAAUGCUUCUGAGUUCACCCAUGCUGGUGUUCAGGACCAUGAGGGACUACAGGGAAGAGGGCUACAACGUCACAGCCUGUGUCAUCGUCUACCCAUCCCGCACCUGGGAGGUGUUCACCAAUGUGCUGCUGAACCUGGUGGGUUUCCUCCUGCCCCUGAGCGUCAUCACAUUCUGCACGGUGAAAAUCAUGCAGGUGCUGAGGAACAACGAGAUGAAGAAGUUCAAGGAGAUCCAGACAGAAAGGAAGGCCACUGUGCUGGUGCUGGCUGUCCUGGGGCUCUUCGUGCUCUGUUGGGUGCCUUUCCAGAUCAGUACCUUCCUGGACACGCUACUGCGUCUCGGCGUGCUGUCCGGAUGCUGGGACGUGCAUGUUGUCGAUGUCAUCACACAGAUCAGCUCCUACGUGGGUUACAGCAACAGCUGCCUCAACCCUCUGGUGUAUGUGAUUGUGGGCAAGCGCUUCCGGAAGAAGUCCCGAGAGGUGUACCAAGCAAUGUGCCGGAGGGGAGGCUGCAUGGGAGAACCCAUCCAGAUGGAGAACUCCCUGGGGACUCUGAGGACCUCUAUCUCGGUGGAACGCCAGAUCCACAAGCUGCAGGAUUGGGCAGGGAACAGACAGUGAACAGAGGCCGCCAGGCAGGACUCCUGUCAAGAUGUGUGAAGACUGGUGGGGCCCGGGCUACUCAGCCUGGGUUCAGGAAGGAGCUCGAAGCAUCCUAGCCAGCCCCAAGGAAACAGGCUGAUGAUUCUAACCUGUCUCAUGGCAUGAGCAUGCUGUGAGGGGUGGGUACCCUGGAGUACAAUGGGAUUAUUCUUAUUGUCUGGCACUCUGGGGCCCCAUGAAUGGAGGGGUCCUGGGUUAGGGAUGGGAGUGACAGCACCUCUUUCCCACAGUGGGUUAGGGAAGGACAGAUCUCCAGGAAAACUGUUGCCAGCUUUAGUCCUGUGGCUACAUGUGCAGGAGGCCCAGCUGACUUGCUUCCGGGUUUCAUGGUUUGAUGAUUUCUUGGUCUUCUGAAGGUUAGCUCUGAGGAGUCCCUGGUAAGGCCCCAAAGCCUGGGAUCCCAUCACUCCUCUCACCCAUGGACAAGGUGGACAGUGAAAAAGACACCCACCCCACCCCAGCGUUUAUGGAGCGCCUGCUGAAUGCACAGCGUUGGACACUGUGGGCAAGAGAGGAAAGAGAUCCACAGUGAAAUCUGUCUUAAAGGAUGCCCAGGACCUGCAGUCCCUGGAAGGUGUGUGAACACGAGGAACUGUAGGGGUAACGGACAGCACAGCAGCCUGGUCCUGCCCUCCACUUCCUCUGCUGUAAUGUGAGAGUAUCUUGUGCUUUGGAAAGUGAUAGGUGUCAUGUGACUGCAUGGCAUCAGGGCACACAUCACAUGGAGACACUUGGCACGGAGAAAGUCACUGAGGCUCAGGAACUACCCUGUGGGGAACAGUGUUGAAAAACACAGGACGUGCCUGCAGGUGUCUGAGGCCCUCACUGGCUUCUGCCUUUCCCUCCCGGUACCCCACCCCCAUGCACACACAAUAGGCAUUUGGCACGUGGGGAGGGCGGGAGAGGGCAACUGUUCAUGUUGCACUGAGACAAAGAAAAAGAAUUCUCAUGGGACCUGCCCAGGGAAGCCACAGCUCACAGCCUGGCUGCAAAUCGGUAGCUGUCCAGGGGAGUCCAGGCUGCUUGCAGGGUCCCUUCCUGUCUCAGGACCAAGGGGUGCCAAUCACUGGCUUAUUUGAGAGCGGCUCACAAAAGGGCAGCUGACCCACCCUAGGUCACUUAUCCCAGGGCAUAGAUUCCAGGCCCAACUCCCUAAAUGGCCACAGAUUGCCUCAUGAGUGUUGGCAGGGGUGGCCUGAGCUGCCUAGGAACUCUGACCUGAGAACCCCCCCCGGGGGGGGGGGGCUGGGCGGGGACAACACACCUGCACACUGAACAGGUCUUCCACCAGAGAUGCUAGGAUGCCCCAGAUGGCUUCAGGGCCAGUGGGUUCCCCAGUAGAGCCUAUUCCAAGGGCCUUGGCUGGGCUCUGUUGUCAGAGGUGACAGUUGUCCCAGCAACCCUGCCAGAGACUCGGGUGACAGACGCCACACUCCCAGCUCUAGAAUCUUCCACGGGUGUUUCUUUUUCCAUGUAUCCGUAUCAGCUACUUUUCUUGUAGCUGUGACAAAUUACCCGAUGGAAGCAGCUUGAGGGAGAGAAAAGGUUUAUUUUAUCUCACAGUGUCAAAAAGGUUUUGGUCCACUGUAGCAGGGGCAGUGUGGUCACCAGAGCAUGUGACAGAGACAUCUUACAGGAGCACAGAUCAGUACCCAGAGACACAAUUGAGACCAGGGGCAGGGUAUGACCUUCAAAGGCGUGCCCCUAGUGACUUUCCCCAACUAGGUCUGACUUCCUAGAGGUCCCAUAGCUUCCCCAAAUAGGGCCAGCAGCCAGGGAAUGUGAGCGCAAAACAUGGACAAGGGCAGAGGAAAUUCCAGACUCGAACUGUAACAGUGUGGUUACAGACUGGUCCCUGUGACUAACGGUACUCCAAGCCCCUGGGGGGAUAUGAAGAACACACCACACAGUCUCCAACACCAAGCCACUUAGGACCUGGCCACUCAAUAGCCCAGGAGCUGUGGAGACUCAGGGAGCAAGCAGAAGUCAGUGGUGUUUCUGGCUAGGCUGGAGCCAAGGGAGCACUUAUGGAGGACCGGGGUGGGGGUCAGGAUACACCUCGAAUCUAGACCAAUCUGACUUUGAAUUUCCUAACAGAGAAGAUCCCGGGAAAUUCCUUUUCUACCCCAUCCUCCCUGGCCCUCCUCCAGUAAACCUAACACUUGUAGCUGGAAAAUGAAAACAGGUGAUGUAUGAAGCGGAUGCUAGGAUUCUGUGCUAAAGUGGAACCCAACCAUGCCCGUACUGUAAAUGAGAAGCAGCGUCCAGUCCUCAGAGGAGAUGUUGGUGGACUGUGGCCUCCAGGAACACAGCUGGCCUCUGCCUGGGCUCCUCAGGGUGGCUGAAGGUCUGCGCCUGGGUCUCUGCAGGAGGAAAGCCCCCUUGUGCUCUGUGUGGACACCCUGAAGAGAAAUGGUGUCCUGUGGAAGACCCAGAGAGCUUUGCAGAGGAAGUGGCUGGGGCGCCGAUGAGCGGGGAGCGCUCCGUGUGAACGCUCGCCUCUUCUGUACGUUGGAAUAAACAGACGAAUCUUA